CGGGAAAUGUGUCCUUCUCUGCCAGGAAGUGACGCAAUGAAAACAAUAACGUGCAUAGCUUUCUGAUAGAAAUCAGUGGAAAGGCCUCAUUAUGUCUUAUUUAAAAUAAUAAAUAAGCAAACGUUAUUUCUCGCAAUUACUAGAGCAAAUCGGAGAUAUCUGGACAGCUUUUAGCCAAAGCAAGUUAGUUUAGAUUUGUGUGGUGAUGGCGGCCUCAUUACCUCAGAAGCCAGGGAUGCCCCCUCAGCAGCAGCCCCACCUGCCUCCCAGUGCUGCCUCAGCCCCAGGUCAGCAGGCCAUGCCUCCUCAGGGAGCCCUGAGAGAGAUCUCCCCAGUGUUCCUCUGUCGGAUCGGACAGGAGACUGUCCAGGACAUUGUCACUCGCACCAUGGAGAUCUUCCAGAUCACACGAGCAACGCAGCUUCCUAAUGGUGUGACCCAGAGCCAGGCGAUGUACCAAGACCGCUUUGGGAAGCUCCAGGAACACCUACGGCAGCUCGCCCUGCUGUUCAGAAAGCUUCGGCUCCUGUACGAACGCUGUGUGGAGAUGACCUCUGACCUGCAGGAGGGGCCAACGGAGGGCUUGAUUGAAUGCAUUUGCAGAAUUCUUCUGCCAUAUGUUGGGGAGGAGCUGGUUACUGUCAAAGUGGAGCCCUGCAGUCCUGCUGUCAACCAGGAGAGAAAAGAGGUUCUAGAGAAGGUACGUCAGAAGAAUCAGGAGAUGAAGGUUCUGAUGGAUCAGAUGAGGAACCUGCUGUGGGAUGUCAACGCCAUGCUGACGCUCAGGAAAUGAUACUUCCACUAGAUCCACUCGCUUUGUAAGAGAUGCAUUCCUCCACAGACAUAAGGACAGCAUAAUGGCAAAGACUAGGGGAAAUAAGGGAAUUUCUGUUGGAUUUUGAAUAUGGGACCAUCCACUUCGGUACACCUCCUUUGUGUUGGCACUUCAUCACUGAAAAUCACAAUUCACUCACAGUUCACCUACGAACUUCUGCUGUCUAUUAUGUAUUAUAUUGAAGUUGUUGAGGGGGAAAUUAUAAUGAGAUAGGAUUAAAGCUAAAAAAAAAGAAAAAGAUAAGCUUGUGUCAACCUGAUACACUCCAGCUCCAAAAAUUGUUCUCUUUUUGUACAAGGCAGCUGACAACCCAGUUUUUGUUUGCCAAGUGCUCUACAACUGUUAUUUUGUCACUCUGUGUUUAUUCAAAUAAGUUAUUGACUCCUGUUUUCACGAUGUUUAAAUAAUGAGUUGAAACCUGUAAUGCCUCAGGUAAAAAAAACAAAACAAAAAAACAGGUUUUCUUAAAACACCGUAUUAAUGGUGUUUUGUCCCCAGGUGCUGACUCGACACCAGACAGGCUUAAAUUCAUUGCAGGUAAUUCUAGAAAGCACAAAAGCUGAUCUUACGACUGUGUUUACAAAAGGAACAAUUGCCCUUAUUAUGCUCUGUCAGUUGUAAAAACACUAUGGGUUCAGAAUUCAUAUUAGCCCCUUGGCAGCCAUGUAUCUCAGGUGCUUUGUACAUAAGUGUGUGUGUGCAUGUGCUUAAUGAGAUUAGCUUCCUGAGUGCUAGACAACACACCUGUUUGCCCUGAGGGUGUUGCAACUUGCUUGCCUGUGAAUUUAUUUUUGUAAACUGUGAGACAAAAGGUAGGCCUACUGGGUCAUUUCUGUUUUGUAUAAAAUAAACAUUUUUUAAUCAAAA